AAAUGUAGAGGGACGGAAAACUCGAAGAAGAAACGUGAACAGAAGUGGCGGGUUGGUUGGUUGCUGACAGUAGGCUACCUUUUCAAGAACUCGGAACAUGCAGAAGUAUGGACUCCAGCGGGUUCCUGUGCCGGUUUGAUGGACAGUCAAAACUGCUGGUCCUAGCGCUUCUCUCUGGAGCCUCCGGUCCGUUCAGAGCUCUGGACAUCUUCCAGAAACAGCAGCGGAGCAGUGAUAUGUCGCUGUGUAGCUUCAUACAAACAUUGUGUCAGGAAGAAAUUAACUAUCGAGAGACUGAAGCCAAGGCACUAACUGUUCUUCCCCUGGUAUGUCUGUUCCCAGCGUUAUUCAAAGAAAACCUGCUGUCUUUCAUCCAUCUGAUCCAGCCUGUUCUUCCUCAAACCACCAUCCUUCACCUGAUCAAAUGCCUCAGCCAGGACCCUCAUUCAAGCCCCUGGGUCACCACCCUGGUUAAACAGCUAAAGAGAAGCAUGGGGGCUAACAAUGCAGAGUGUCUGUACAGUCCACAGUGCAGCCAGAGACUCAAGGAGCUCUCACAGCGUUUGGUCAGUUGUAGUGACACUGGAGGAUGGGCAAAGUGCUUCAGCAGUGGAACAGCUGGAUCUGAAUCUCAGAGGGCAUUCGGUUUAUCAGAACUGGGGUCACAAAGAAAGAGGAAGGAAAGCUUUAUCUCUCUGGACUCAGAUGGUGAGGAAACAGGAUCGCAGAGCAAACGUAUGAAAAUGGAUAUUUGUGUUCAUGAGUGUCUUGAAACUGAAGAAAAAAGCUUGAAAGAAGAGUUGUCAGAAAGUGAUGCUCCAGCAGAGACUCCUGCCAAAGAGCCUCAGCCAACUACAGACCUGUUUGAUGCCCUGCCUGAAUAUAUGAAGGUCGCUGUUCUGCAAAUAAAAGAGCUAUUGGAAAGUCACACAGAGUGGGAUCAGAGCUCCAUGGAUGUGUUCAAAGUGCUGAACGAGUGUGAUCCUGGCCAGGUGGAAUUGUUAUGCAGGAUGCUGAAUUUUCCUGACUUACCAGAGCAGACUCUGCCCAAACUUUGCAGCUGCAUCUUAGCCCCUUCACUUGACAUCAGCUUCAGCACGUCUGCAACUUUCAUCAGGAGCCUCCUGUUGGAAAGGGUGCUGUCCUUGUCAGAGCCGGCCUCCAGAUGUCUUGUCAAUGCAGUGACAUCUCUGUGCAGCCACUGUCCCAGACCUAUGUGCCAUGCGUUGAUCGAACCCGUUCUGCAGGAUGCAAACAUAGGGAAUCCACAGGCUGAGCUGGUGAGCAGACUGAUAGAAGGCUGCAUGGAUUCCCACUACAAACUGCUGGUGCUUCAAAUGACCCUUAAAAUAGCCUGGAAUGAGGCAGUGCUCUCCAUCACCCACAGCUUGUUAGACUCCAAGCUUGACUUGAGUGAAGAACUGUUCACACAGUUCACUGAACAGCUCGUCAGCCAGGGUCCUCAAUUCACAAAAUCUGUGAAGUUUGCAAAAAUGAUGCUAACAGUCCUAACUAAAUACAGCAGUCACGUCAAUGCUGCACAUAAACACUCCCUGUCCAGCUGCCUGGUGUUAAAUGAGACCUUCCUGAAAAAAUCUCUUCAAGCUGCUUUGAAAAGAAUCUCAGACUCAUGAACCCUUUGCUUUCCUGACUUUGGUUUACAUGAGAUUCUGUUCUGUUGUGUUCUUCAUAUUGUAAAUGUGUUUGUGUAAGGGCUCUAAAUGCCAAAUAAAGAAUUUCAAAAUUUCAAAACAUUCAA